UAACAACUCUCUCACUCUCUUAUCCCUACUUCCUUAUAUAUAUCCUAACUCAUCUAUUUCUACUUCUCUUGCAAGGGAGAUGGAAGAUAGCCUCUUUACUCCCCCACCUCCUUCAUUGAUGCACCAGUAUCAUGACAGCCACCACGACCGUGAGUACGCGAAUCGCGACACCUACCGAGGAUUGUUCGCCUCCAACUUGGUGCUUCUGAUCGUACUGCCAUUACUCGUGCUCGCCUCGCUCGCCGUCAUCGCCUUCGUAGUCCUGCGAGUUUGUCGCAGGGGGAGUAAGCCUGAGAAUAUCAGCAGUAACAACAUCAGCAGCUACAACAGCAGCUUCCGAAAGCCCAGUUUCGGCACGAACCCGCUGUCGAAGUGUGGCAGUGAUCUGGACGCCAAAGUAUUCAUCAACAGCCCUGAUGUUGGUAGCUGUAUAUAUGGUGGUAAGUUGGGGUUUACUGCGAUGCAAGUUCGGAAUAACAAGAGACUGGGGCAAGUGUUCACCUACAAGGAGCUUGAGGCGGCCACUGAUGGGUUCAGUGAGAGCAAUGUGAUUGGUAAUGGGGGGUUCGGCGUCGUGUUUCGAGGCCGGUUGAGCGACGGCACCGUCGCGGCCAUCAAGAAGCUGCACAAGGAAGGGAAGCAAGGGGAGAGAGAGUUCCGGACAGAGGUCGAUCUUUUAAGCCGAUUGAACUCUCAUCACUUGGUAGGAUUAGUAGGCUACUGCGCGGAUCAAAACCACCGUCUGCUCGUGUUUGAGUUCAUGAGCAACGGAAGCCUGCAACAACAUCUGCACACCAGCUCAAAGGAGCAAAACUACCGACCGCUCGACUGGCGAACCAGGCUGCGAAUAGCAUUAGAUUGCGCUCGAGGACUCGAAUUCCUACAUGAGCAAACGGCCCCCGCAGUUAUCCAUAGGGACUUCAAAUGCAGUAAUAUCUUGUUAGACCAUAACUACCGAGCCAAAAUCUCCGAUUUCGGUAUGGCCAAGAUUGGGUCAGAUAAACUCAAUGGCCAAGUCCUCACAAGGGUACUUGGGACUACCGGAUAUCUCGCGCCAGAGUAUGCAUCGACGGGGAGAUUGACGACAAAGUCAGAUGUUUAUAGCUACGGAGUGGUGCUUCUCGAGCUGCUGACCGGUCGGUCACCGGUUGAGACAAGGCGGCCUCCAGGGGAACAUGUUCUAGUCUCAUGGGCCCUUCCGCGACUUACUAACCGUGGGAAAGUUGUGGAAAUGGUGGAUCCUACACUGAAAGGCCAAUUCUCGACGAAAGAUCUAAUUCAGGUUGCGGCAAUCGCUGCUGUGUGUGUGCAGUCAGAAGCUGACUACCGACCGCUUAUGACCGAUGUCGUCCAGUCUCUAAUCCCUUUGGUUAAGAACAAGGGCGCAUUUUCUUGCCCUACGACUCCUCCCAAGUUUCCGCAGAAUAUGUUAGAGCCAUGAGGUAUGCAAGAAUUGCGCGAAAGAGUGUUGGAAAAAGUUUCUCGCAGAUCGGAGUGCAGGAAACAGGAGUGGUUUUUAUUCAGAGGAACAAUCUAUCUACUUCAAUUUUUUUUUCUUUUUUCUUUUUUUCUUUUUUUCCCUGUGUAAAGCAACUUAUCUUUGUAAUAUGCUAUAUGGGAGGGUGUUGUACAUUGAAUUGAAUGGGCCCUAAUAUGAUGACACCACAUCAUUUGUAGGAACAAUAAAUGUCAAUUAUGUUUGCUACUGGUAAAGUAAAUGCCAUGUGGUCAAGAAAUGGGAUAAAUUUUCUUAUUAUCAUUGUA